GUGUAGCUGUUUUCCCUUGUUGUGUUUAUGUUGCUGUUAGUUCUUUGUGCUAAACUUGCUGGAGAAACGACUGAGUGAAAAUGCUGCUGGUACUAAGCGAAGAGCACAAGGAACAUCUGCAGAUCUUAACUCAGGUGGGCGGUGCCGUUGUUGGUGAAUUUGGUCGCAUUGCUAUAGAAUUUUUAAGAAGAGGUUCCAAUCCCAAAGUCUAUGAAGGAGCUGCAAGGAAGCUAGAGGUUAGCAGCACCACAAUUCAGCAAGCUGUCGAGGGGCUCACCUAUCUACUAAGCGAGAGCUCUAAGCUUAUGAUAUCAGAGGUUGAUUUUCAGGACUCUGUCCUUGUUUUGGGUUUCCCAGAAGAAAUCAAUAAAGUUCUCCUUCAGUUGUAUUUGGACAACAGGAAGGAGAUAUGCCAAACUUUGACAGAACUGGAACCAGCUCUGACUCACUAUGAUAAUAUGGAUUGGCGCUUGGAUGUUCAGCUUGCAAGCAGGAGUCUGAGACAUCAGAUCAAACCCACCAUCACCAUGAAACUGCACCUAAAGCAAAACCAAGAGCCGAGCACUCAAGUGUUGCAGACAGACCCGGCAACAUUGAUGCAUCUCAUUCAGGAACUUGAACAAGCACUCGCUGAAAUGAAGACCAACCACUGUCGGAGAAUAGUGCGCAACAUUAAAUAGCGAAACGGGCGCUUGUUCAUCUAAAAAAAUUAUAGGUGGCUUCAUUGCCAUCAAUUCCUUCAAGACCCAAAUUUGUUUUUAUCGACGACUUCAACUUUACAAAGUAAUUAUUUAAGUAAUUAAAUAAUUAACGUUUUAUAUAGAUAAAGAAGAAAAUGUCAGUUUCUGUUGUUAAAGGAAAACUAUACCCCCCAAACAAUGUAGGUCUCUAUAAAAAAGAUAUUGCAUAAAACAAUUCAUAUGUAAAAUCCUGCUUCAUGUAAAUAAACCAUUUUCAUAAUAA